AUUUGCAUAUGCAAAAAUUGAACGAAAAUUCAUAUUUAUAAUAUAAUAAAUGGAAGAAACUGGACGUGCAACACCUGCAAGUGGUGGUGGUGGUGGCGGUGGUAGUAAACCGGCAACACCUAUUCCAACACCAUCACCUCCCACAUCAUCAUCAUCAAUGCAAACAUCGACGGCCAAUCAUUCAUCAUCGGCAUCAUCUCCAUCGAUGGUCUCGGUAUCGAUACCGACUUCAUCAUCAGCAGCCACUAGUCAUCAACAGCAACAACAAUCACAAACCCGUUAUGGUGGCUAUGGACCAUAUAGUGGUGGACAAAUGAUGCCUCCACAUCCUGGUAAUUUACAUCAUCCGAAUGCUGGUCCUGUAGGUGGUGGUGGUUAUCCACCACCUCCCCCACAUCAACAUAGUUAUGGAGCACAACCACCACCACAUCAUCAAUCUCAUCAUCAUCCACAUCCUCAUCAUCCACAAUAUUCGCCAAUGCCUCCAAUGAUGAUGCCACCACCUAGUCAAUAUCCUGGCGGUGGUCCUGCUAAUAGACCUCCAGUAUCAAGUGGUGCACCACCAGGCGUAACACCUCCUCCCCCUCCACAACAACAGCAACAAAUGCCAUCAGCAUAUGGAAAUUAUGGUCCACCUCCAUCACAUAGGAUGUCUGGACCUCCACCACCACCACCACCAGGACUGCAUCAUCCACCCCCUGGAUCAUCAACAGGAAAUAUUCCACCAUAUUAUUCAAUGAGACAUCCACAUCCGCAAAUGUCACCUCAUCAACAACAACAACAGGCACAAAUGAAUAAAAAUUAUGUAGGAUAUCCACCACCACAUCCAUCAAGUGGUUAUGGACCACCACCACCACCACCUGGACCACCAAAUCAUCAUCCAAAUUCUUCAAUGUCACCUCAUGGCCAACCUGGGGGACAUCCUCUACAUCCACCACCACCGCAUGGACAUCCACAAUCAAUGCCACCACAAGCGAAUUCACCGGCAUCAAUGCUAUCAGGACCAGGAGUAGGUGGCCAUCAUUCCCCACAUCAUCAUCAACAACAUCCAAAUGUCUAUGGUACGAAUGAAUCUCAACAAUCAUCAGCAGUGGCAAAUUCCGCAUCACAAUCUAAUAAUAAUAAUAGUAUAACCAGUAAUGGUGGUCAUCCACAACAACAACAUCAUCAUCAUCAUCAUCAAAGAUUACAACCGCAGCCUCCACCAAUAAUGGAUGAAGUGAGCCAAACAUCAACGGCAUCAUCACAGGAUCGUGCCGAUGAUUCAUGUGCUUCGGGUGAUAUACAAUCAUCAUCAUCAUCAUCAACACCACAUAAUAGUAAUUCAAAUAGUAAUACAAGUACAGCGACAACAAAUGUCAAUAAUAAUAAAUCGCAUAAUCCAAAAUCUACACAUCAUCCAUCAUCACAAAUGUUACAUCCACAAACGCCAAAUACAUCGAAUCUUGGAUCACCAGGUGCAGCAUCAUUAUCAUCAUUUCAUGAUGAUUUUGAUUCUGUAUCGAGUCCAAGUUGGCCACGAACACCGGCACCAUCGUCGCCGGCAAUCAAUAGUGGAAAUAGUCAACAACAAUAUCCAGUUGGUGGUGAUGCACAUAUUACUGUACAUAAUUCAAAGCGGCCUGACAAUGUACAAAAAUUAUAUGAAAUGUCUGAUGAUCCGGAUCGGAAACCAUUUCUGGAUAAAUAUUUUCAAUUUCUCGAUGAAUGUGGUACACCAUUGAAUCAAGUACCAACUAUAAGUAAAGUACCGGUUGAUCUUUAUCGGCUUUAUAUGUUGGUCAAAGAACGUGGUGGAUAUCAAGAUGUGACAAAGUCAAAAAUGUGGAAAGAUUGCGCCCAAUUAUGUAAUAUUGCCAAUUCUUCAAGUGCAUCAUAUACACUGCGAAAACAAUAUAUGAAACAUUUAUUAGCAUUUGAAUGUAAAUUCGAUCUUGGAGGUAUCGAUGUUGGUUCGUUAUUAUCGGCAGCUGAUGUCGCUAAUGUUAAUCGAAAAAAAUCGACUGCACAAUCAAAAUUAACUAAUUCUGGUCGUUCAACACCAACUACACCACGUCUUUCACCUAAUGAUUCACCUUCCGGUCCGAUGGGUAGUGGUGGUGGUCCACCUGGUCCACCCGGAUCAUAUCAUCCUGGUCAUCAUCCUGGCCAUCCACAACAUCAAAAUAUGCAUCCUGGAUAUCCGCCGCCACCACCACCAGAUAUAGAUCAAAAUAAUUAUGGACCAAAUGGACUGGGAAAUGCAUCUACAUAUCAUCAUCCACAUUCACAACAAGGACCAUACCCUCCACCCCCUCCUCAUCCGGAUUAUCAUCAUCAUAAUUCACAACAACAAACACCAUAUGGUGGACCACCACCACCACCACCACCAAAUACUACGGCCGGUCCAAAUCAUCAUCAUCCACAUCAUCCUCCCCAUCAUCCACAUCAUCCGAAUAAUAUUGGCAAUCAUGAAAGUGUUAGCAUCAAAGAUCCAUUUGCCGAUGAAGAUACUGUUUCAUCCUCAUCAUCAUCAUCACCGGCACGAGUACCAAAAUCAGCGGCCGCUGGACAACAACAACCGCCGCCACCACCGCCACCGGGUCAAUAUGGACCCACAAGACAGCCACAACAUUAUCCAAUGCCAAAUACUACAGGAUCUUUUUAUGGCCAAACAAGUGGUCCACCACCGAAUUCAGGACCACCACCACCACAUGCAAAUAGUGGUUAUCCACCACCACCACCUCUUCCUGAUGGUCCUCCAGCUGUGGGUCAUGGUUAUCCAACAUCAGAUCAACCACCACAUUAUCCACAGCGUUCAAAUUCAGCCGCACCCGAAGGUGCACCACCACCACCACCACCACCAAAUAGUGUUGGUGGUAAUCAAAAUCCAUAUGGAUCACGUAUGACUGCAGGUAUGAAUGGCCCGAUGCACCCACAUGGACCAUAUUAUGGCCAUGGAUCAUAUGGUCCACAACAACAGCCACCAUAUACAACGAAUGAAUCCCAUCCGCCACCACCAUCACCAGCACGCAAUUCAUAUGAACAACAUCAUAGUCAGCCUGGUGGCUAUCCACCACCCCCACCCCCUGGUGGUCAUCGAUAUCCUAUGCCUAAUAAUGCCGGUGGACCAUCCGGUCAAUAUCCAAAUAGAUCACCUUAUGUACAGCCACCACCAUCACAACCACAUCCUCAUCAUAGCUCAUCGAAUGCAAAUGUUGGUUCUGGACCACCACCAGGUCAACCGCCUACUAACAGUGGACCACCACAAUCACAACAACCAUAUCCACCAAAUAAUCCUGGAUCUCAAGAUCCUGGUUAUCCACCACCUCCGCCUCCAGCUGGUAAUAAAACGGCCGAACCAUAUAAUCAGAGUGCCAUACGCAUGCAAAGUCCACUUGCACAACGCCUAUUAGCUGCUAAAUUAUCACAAAAUUCUGCUCAAGCUGCUGCUGCUACUGCUGCUGCUUCCAAUACUACCAGUGGAACAGCAUCACCUGUUGUACCUACAUCGGUAGCUAAUAAUGCUACCGGUACUGGUAAUGGUGGCCAGCAAUCACAACAGCAGCCAAAUAAUUCUACAAAUGCAUCCAAUUCGAACAACAACAACAAUACCGGCAAUAGUAGCAGCAACAACAGCAAUCAGAAUGCAACCCAUCCAUCACAAGGAUUCGCACAAAAUUCAUAUGGACCUACGUCAAAUACAAGUGGUAAUAGUGGAAAUGGAAGCGCAGCUAGUUCACCAACACCUCCAACCAAUUCGGGUAAACCAAUUACAAGUUCAGCAAUGCAAGCACAAACGAAUAUAUCAUGGAUGUCAACGCAACGUUAUCCUCAAUCAAAACGACAUCCGGAUUUUACUAAACAAACGCCAGAUAAUUCUGGUGCCAGUGGCGGUUAUAGUGGAUCACCAUCACAGUAUCCGCCUCCUCCUCCUCCUCAUGGACCACCAUCACAACAUUAUCCGAAUUCCUCAUCAUCUAGCAGUACACAUCUACAUGGUGGCCAUGGUCGUAAUAGUGGACCACCACCUGGAUCAUCUCCACCAAGUGCUGCUGCUUGGGGUGGCCGUGAUAAUUAUCGUAUGCCUGCGGGUCAACAUUCAACUGGUGGUUUUUACCCUCAACAUCCUGGAUACCCAGGAAAUUCAGCUAGUGGACCACGUGAUUCGGUUCCAGGUGGUUGGCACGAUCAACGUAGUGGUCCACCACCACCACCAUCAUCAUCAUCAUCAACUGGAUCAUCAUCUACGCCAUCAAAUGCAAUGGAUUCACCAAUGACAACUGCACAUUGGUCAUCAAAUCGCUAUCCACCUGGUAGCGGUGGUAAUUCCGGUGGGGGUUAUGGUCCAGAAUUCGGUCCACCUGGUUCACAACCACAUUUUCCACCGGGUUCGACACAUCCACCACAAGGGGGUAAAAUGAUGCCACCUGGACAAUAUGGUAUGCGUAAUGUACCGCCACCUACACCACAGCCACAACAAACUGCUCAACAAACAGAUCAACCAUCAUCACGAUCUAGUUUUGGUCAAAUAUCACAUGCUAAUAAUGCCACUGGUAAUGUUGCGAGUGGACCACAUUCAAUGUAUCUUACGGGAGCCGGAUCAAAAAUGCCUCCGUCAAUGAUGAAUUUAGCAUCUCAACCGCCACCUCAUCCAUAUGGAUCUCAAUAUCCACCAACAGGUGGAUCAUAUGGGCCGAGUUCCGGAUCUUCUGCACAUCAUCAUCACCACCAUCAUCAUCAUUCUGGUGCUUCUGGCCAACUAAUGCGUCCACAACGUGGCAAUGAAUUAUCACAGCAGCAGCCACCACCACCACCAACGGCCAUAUUUCCACCUAAUUCUAUCGAAGCAACUGUACCGAUACCAUCAAAACGACGUAAAUUAAUGGCCCGUGAUAUUGCACCGGUAGAUGCAUGGCGUGUUUAUAUGGCACUUAAAUCCGGUCUUUUAGCCGAAUCAACAUAUGCAUUGGAUGUAUUGAAUGUCAUAUCAAAUGAUGAUGUUAGCCUAUUAUUUUUAAGUCUACCAAAUAUGCCUGGACUACUUGACGUUCUUCUUGAACAUUAUCGACGCUAUCUCAAUGAAAUGUUUGAUUCAAUGUUUGAUGAUAUUGAAAUUGGCUAUGAAGAUCGGCAACAACGACAAAAACAAGAAAAACAAUUGUCGAAUGGCAAUCUAAAUGGUGAUUCAAAAUCACGACCAAAUCACGUGAAUUCAAAUCAAUUGAAAUGGUAUGAAUUGGAUCGUGAUCGAAAAAAUCAACAAGAUGAUCUAUUACCAAGUGAAGAUGAUGAUGAUAUUGAACAAUUUCUAAAUCGUAAAUUUAAAUUAAAUGGAAGACCAAAACUUACCCUGUUCCAGGAUCAAACAAAUAACUAUACGAAUGUAACUCGAAAUGGUAAAACGGUCAAAGUGAAAAAGGAUAAGAAUCUUUUCAUUAUGGAUUAUGAUAAACGAUGGGAUCCAAGUGUUAAUGGUUUCAGUACCGGUUAUGAACAUUGGCAAAAAGGUGGCGGUGAAACCACUACACAUAUACAAUCACAUAUGGAACCAAAAGAAAGAUAUCUACGUUUUUGUCGAUUGAUCAAGUAUAAGAAUAAUCAUAGCAACAACAAUGAUGUUAAUGAUAAUGCUGAUGAUGAUGAUGAUGAUGAUGAUGAUGAUGACGAUGUUGAAAUAGUUGUACAAAAUGGUGAAAAUUGUGAAAAUCAUCAUACGAAUGGACAUCGAUCGAAAAUGGAUAAAAAAUAUAUACGAAACGAUGAAAAAGUUGAUGAUAAUAACAGUAAUGAUGGCGAUGAUACUAUUGAUGAUGAUCAAUAUCCAAAAAUUCAUCCAACUGAUCGUGAAAGAUAUUGGAAACGUUUACAUCAACCAGAUUUUGAAGAUGAAUCCUAUGAUCAAGAAGAACCAGCUGUUUGUACUGGUCGUGAAUAUCAAGAUUCGAUUAAAAGUCGAUGUUUAACCGUAUCGAAUCUGAUUAGAAAUUUAACAUUUGUCCCUGGAAAUGAUAUUGAAAUGUGUCGUAGUUCAUGCCUUUUACUUAUUCUAUCACGAUUGAUUCUGUUACAUCAUGUACAUGCAUUGAAAAAGAAACGUAAAAUUUCAGAAAUUGAUUGUACAAAAAUUGCUGCCAAUCGUUUGGAUGAAGAAACAAUGUUCAAUUUGAUAGAUGAGAAAAACGAUUCAGAUGAUCGUCGUUCAGAUAAAUCAGAUUGUAUGAUGGAUUCGGAUGGACCAGAAAAAGAAUGGUGGUGGGAAGCAUUACAUUUGAUACGUGAAAACACAAUGGUCACAUUGGCUAAUAUCAGUGGACAAUUGGAUUUGUCUUCAUUUCCUGAAUCAAUAACACUUGCCUUAUUAGAUGGCCUAUUACAUUGGGCUAUUUGUCCAUCAUCAUAUGCACAGGAUGCAUUUCCAUCGGCACCAAAUACUCUAUCACCACGUCGUUUAGCAUAUGAAGCAUUGUCGAAGCUAUCAAUUUAUGAAUCAAAUGUUGAUCUAAUAUUGGCUACACCACCGUGGACAAGAAUUGAAAAAUUUCUUAAAAAUUUAACCCGUUCACUUGUACGCAAUGAAGAUCAAACUAUACGUGAAUUUUCCAUUGUUCUCAUAUCGAAUUUUGCAACAGCCGAUCCAUCUGUUGUUCGUGUAAUAGCAUUAAGUGGUUAUUCAGUAUCAUUAUUAUUAGGUUUCAUUGAACAAGCCGAACAAAGUGCAUUAAGUAUUGCCAAUGCACAUGGUAUACAAUAUUUACGUGAAAAUUUUGAUGCAAUCGGUACAACACCUGAUAUGGUUAGACGUGCUGCUACAAUUUUACGAACAUUGGCACGUUAUUCUGAAAAUCGUUCAUUAUUUAUACAGCAUGAACAACGUCUUUUAUCAUUAAGUAUGUCACAAAUAUUGGAUACAUCCAUAUCAUCAAUUAUAGCCGAUAUACUAUAUGAAUGUUCAUUUGAGACAAUUAUUAAUAAUAAUAAUAAUAAUAAUUCUAUUAUAACAAAAGAACCAAAUUUAUUGUCACAAGAAAAUGUAUUAUUAAAUUCUACAACAACAACAACAACAACAACAACAACAAUAGCAACAGCAACAACUACUGCUACUAUUAAUGGUACAACUACUUGAAUUUUAUUUAAACAAAAAAAACUAUGCAUUUUUUUCAAAUUCAUUUUAUUAUAUAUUAUAAUAAUAUAAUAU